UCGUUCAUUAGGGUGAAACCCGGAUAGAAAAAUUGACACUCCGGAGUUUCGCUGUUUUCUUUUGAUACUUUAAAAGUAAGGUAGCCGGUUAAAUAAGCUGUUCCUGCUGCCAGGCAUGGAGACCUCUGGUAACUCGCACAAGAAACAGAAGCUGAGCAAUGCGCCCGAAAACUGGGGAAUGCAAAGAGCUACCAAUGUGACCUACCAAGCCCACCACGUCAGUCGAAACAAGCGUGGCCAGGUUGUGGGGACGAGAGGAGGUUUCAGAGGAUGCACUGUCUGGCUGACUGGGUUGUCUGGGGCAGGGAAGACCACAGUAAGCAUGGCUCUAGAAGAGUACCUUGUGUGUCAUGGCAUCCCCUGCUACACUCUGGAUGGGGACAACAUCCGGCAGGGGCUGAACAAGAACUUGGGCUUUAGCCCUGAGGACCGUGAAGAGAACAUCAGACGCAUUGCUGAGGUGGCCCGGCUUUUUGCUGAUGCUGGGCUGGUGUGCAUUGCCAGCUUCAUCUCUCCCUAUAGUAGGGAUCGCCUCAAUGCCAGGAAGAUCCAUGAGGCUGCUGGCCUGCCAUUCUUUGAGGUGUUCGUGGAUGCUCCGCUUGAUGUGUGUGAGCAGAGAGAUGUAAAAGGAUUGUACAAGAGAGCAAGAGCUGGGGAAAUCAGAGGUUUCACUGGGAUUGACUCUGAGUAUGAGAAGCCAGAGGCUCCAGAGCUGGUGCUGAAGACUGAUUCUUGCAGUGUUAAUGAGUGUAUACAGCAGCUUAUUGACCUGCUUCAGGAAAGGGACAUCGUCCCUGUGGAUGCUUCAUAUGAAGUGAAGGAGUUGUAUGUUCAGGAAAACAAGCUUGACCUAGCUAAGGCUGAUGCAGAGACUCUACCUGCCAUAGAUAUUGGGAAGGUAGACAUGCAGUGGGUACAGGUGCUGGCUGAAGGCUGGGCCACUCCACUGAAUGGCUUCAUGAGAGAGAGAGAGUACUUGCAGUGUCUCCAUUUUGACUGCCUGCUGGAUGGUGGCGUUAUCAACCUUUCUGUGCCAGUGGUGCUUCCUGUGUCCAGUGCUGAUAAGGAACGUCUGGAUGGUGUAACAGCCAUGGCCCUUGUUUAUGAGGGCAAACGUGUGGCCAUCCUUCGCCAUCCCGAGUUCUACGAGCAUCGCAAAGAGGAGCGUUGUGCUCGCCAAUGGGGCACCACCUGCAAGGACCACCCCUACAUCAAGAUGGUGAUGGAGAGUGGAGACUGGCUGGUCGGUGGAGACCUGCAGGUUCUGGACAAGAUCUGCUGGAACGAUGGACUGGACCAGUACCGGCUCACCCCCACUGAGCUCAAACACAAGUUUAAAGAAAUGAAUGCAGAUGCUGUUUUUGCCUUCCAACUGCGUAACCCAGUCCACAACGGCCAUGCCCUGUUGAUGCAGGAUACCCACAAACGUCUGAUUGAGCGAGGCUACCGCCGGCCCGUGCUGCUUCUUCACCCUCUUGGAGGCUGGACCAAGGAUGAUGAUGUGCCGCUGGCCUGGCGAAUGAGGCAGCAUGCUGCUGUGCUGGAAGAGGGUGUCCUAAAAUCAGAGUCUACAAUUGUAGCUAUCUUUCCUUCACCAAUGAUGUAUGCAGGACCCACUGAGGUGCAGUGGCACUGCAGAGCUCGGAUGGUGGCUGGAGCCAACUUCUAUAUUGUGGGUCGUGACCCUGCAGGCAUGCCCCACCCUGACACUGGAAAGGACCUAUAUGAGCCAACCCAUGGCGCCAAGGUUCUCACCAUGGCACCGGGUCUCAUUACCCUGGAGAUUGUGCCUUUUAAAGUUGCUGCAUACAACAAGGUGAAAAGGGCAAUGGACUUCUAUGACCCCAAGAACCAUCAAGACUACGAUUUCAUCUCAGGCACCCGUAUGCGUAAGAUGGCUCGAGACGGACAGAACCCUCCAGAGGGCUUCAUGGCUCCCAAGGCAUGGGCCGUGCUGAAAGAGUACUACAAGUCGCUGGAGAAGGCUUGAGCUGGGAACACGGUGGUUUCUUCAAACAGAAGAGAUGAACGGGGGGACCACUUGACUAUACCAUCCUACACAAUGCUCUGGCUUGUCUCUAUCACUUUUAAAUGCACACUCACCUAUUAAACAUAAUACUACUGUUGGUUGUUUCUAGUCUUCUCACACUCGCAGUCUUUAAACGGUAUGUGCUUUAUUGAACUCAACUUUUUAUUAUUAUGACUGUGCAAUUUCAAUGUGAUAGGAGAGAUCGAACGGUUGAAGGACUAUAAGGAUAUGGCAAUCUAGAAGAGUAAGAUUUCUUAACAAGAUGUUUCAGAUAAAGCCAUUACACUGACCUAUAUAACUUAUCUUCUGUAGAAUGGUUACAGCAAUUGUGGAUUCACAUCUAAGUUUUGAAAUACUUACCCACUGACAAACUCAAUGUAUUGUUGACCAGUACUUCAGACAGAAUGAAAUGACUUAUAGUCCAGUUGUCUACGUCAAAAUGUCAUCACACCUACUGAGUUACUGGACCCCAAACGAGCAGUUGCUGUGUAAAUUUUCAAGUCGCACAAACCCAAAAUAUUGUUUGCACAGUGUGUGAGGAAAUGUAGUGCCUUGGAGUUUGUCAAAUUGCUAUCUUCACAAAGUGAAUUGGCGUGCCCUCUUGCUUAAAUUAGAACACAAACACAACUGCUUCCCCUCCCGCUUGUUUGUGUCACAUUGAAGUUAUGCAGGAGUCCAAGAAAUGAUCUGCAAAAAAGAUAAGUAUUUGAGGAAGGAAAGAUGAGUUGUUUUUUUUACCAUGAUACGUAACCCUAACUUUCCCCAACCUUUUAUCAAAAGCUUUGUUUUUCUCAAGUUAUUUGUAUUUCUUCUCGUCUGUGUUGUAUUUUUACAAUAUCUUGUAGAUUUAACCGGUUUCCUGUUUUCACCCCCUCUUUAUUUUGUAUUUGUGUUAAAUGUUCCGAAAUGUUUUGGUCAUUUCAUAUUUUUUUAUAAUAGAUCCAUGGUGUUUUCAUUUAAUUAUUCCAUUUUGUUAUGCUUUGGUUUGGCAAAAAUUGUUUGGCAGUAACAAGCAAUGGUACCAAUUUGUACAUAGUCAUCCUUGUCUAAUAAACCAUUUUUAGCAAAUGGAGCUGUACCUUUUUAACCUCUGUUUUCAAUGGGUUGGGUCAGGGUAGUUAGCUCAC